GGAAGCAGAAGCAAAAACCAGAGAGAAAGAAAAAGACCAACAGAGCUCAUCUGGUUCUUUAUUCAUAACCCAAAAUCUCCAAAGCUGAAAAUCUCCAAAACCUCUCAUAUAUCAAUUAAGGGUUUUAGGGAAUGCAGAGAGAUGAGAGGAGCAUCGUUGAGAAAGCCUGAGCUGUGUAUACGAGCCAAACGCUGCAUCGGCGGCAGAAACUGCCACCGGAAACACGUUGAAGACGGGUGAACUAUUCUCCCCCUUCAUCCCCGGCUUUCUCCCCUUUACGUUACCUUAGCUUUUAGAGCACUUUCCCUUUUUUUUUUUCGUUUCUUUGUAUACAUAUUUCUAGUUGCACUUGAAAAUCAUGGCUAAUGAGAAGAGCGCCGGUUCCGCCUUGCUUCACGGAAAGUACGAGCUGGGCCGGAUGCUGGGACAUGGAACCUUCGCGAAGGUGUACCAUGCCCGGAACUUGAAGACGGGAAAGUCCAUGGCGAUGAAGGUGGUGGGGAAAGAGAAGGUGAUCAAGGUCGGAAUGAUGGAGCAGAUUAAGAGAGAAAUCUCGGUGAUGAGGAUGGUGAGGCACCCCAACAUCGUCGAGCUUCAUGAGGUCAUGGCAAGCAAGUCCAAGAUCUACUUCGCCAUGGAUCUCGUCCGCGGCGGCGAGCUUUUCGCGAAGAUAGCGAAAGGAAGACUGAAGGAGGACGUGGCCAGAGUCUAUUUCCAGCAGCUGAUCUCCGCCGUGGAUUUCUGCCACAGCCGAGGAGUCUACCACCGCGAUCUGAAGCCGGAGAAUCUCCUGUUAGAUGAAGACGGUGACUUAAAGGUCACUGAUUUCGGGUUGAGUGCUUUCUCGGAGCACUUGAAGCAAGACGGGCUGUUGCACACCACUUGCGGCACGCCGGCUUACGUGGCGCCGGAGGUGAUCGGGAAAAAAGGCUACGACGGAGCUAAGGCGGAUCUUUGGUCGUGUGGAGUUAUCCUCUAUGUCCUGCUCGCCGGGUUUCUUCCGUUUCAGGAUGACAACUUGGUCUCCAUGUAUAGGAAGAUUUACAAAGGUGACUUCAAAUGUCCGCCGUGGUUUUCUUCCGAGGCGAGAAGACUAAUCACGAAGCUUCUGGACCCGAACCCGAGUACCAGAAUCUCCAUUGCGAAGAUCAUGGAUUCGUCUUGGUUCAAAAAAUCUAUCCCGAAAACGGUGAAGUCUAAGAAAGAGCGAGAGUUCGAUGAGACUACGGAGAAGACUUCGAAGCAGAUGGAGACAUUGAACGCGUUUCAUAUCAUUUCGCUCUCUGAAGGGUUCGAUUUGUCUCCUCUGUUUGAGGAGAAGAAGAGGGAGGAGAGAGAGGAGCUGAGAUUCGCGACGACGCGGUCGGCGAGCAGUGUCAUAUCGAAGCUGGAGGAGGUGGGGAAAGCCGGCAAGUUUAAGGUGAAGAAGAGUGACUCCAUGGUGAGGCUGCAGGGCGAGGCGAGCGGCAGGAAAGGGAAGUUGGCUAUUGCGGCGGAGAUUUUCGCUGUGACGCCGUCGUUUCUGGUUGUGGAGGUGAAGAAAGACAAUGGUGAUACUCUGGAGUAUAAUCAGUUCUGUAGUAAAGAGCUCAGACCGGCGCUCAAAGACAUUGUCUGGACCAAUUCGGCCCCCCCUGCUUGAGUACUCAUUGUUUUAGUGUUAAUGUUUCUGUGAAUUGUGACUAUCGUUGUUGUUGUUGUGUGAAAUUGAAGCCAAUUAAGGCUAUUGAAGCUCUGAAUUCUCUUUUGAUUGUUAUGCUUUCUGUGUUUCUCUGUUUUCUUGGUGUGAAUAACUGAAACUCUGGAAGUGAUUUGUGCUUAUGUGAAUUAUGAAAAUCCUUGUGCUUCUCUUUAAUUUGCUAGAAACAAAGUGAUAAUUGCAGGUUUCAUUUCAUUUCUC